AUGUCGGGCCGCAGGGUCGGGUUCUGUCUGAGCGACAAGAAGCGCAGGAGGAUGAACCUGGACGCGUUUGCAGAGUUCUGUGAGGGUCAUGGAGUGGAAGUGGUGGAAAUCGACCUCUCUCAGCCGCUGGGAGCUCAGGGACCCUUUGACGUCAUCAUUCACAAGCUGUCUGAUGUCAUCGUGGAGGCGGAACACAACAGCCAAUCACAGCAGCUCCUGGCCAACUUCCAGAGCUAUGUGUCAGCUCACCCCAGUACCAUCCUGCUGGACCCCCUGCCCGCCAUGACUCAGCUACUGGACCGCUUUGCCUCCUAUCGGAUAAUGAGCGAGCUGCACAACUCACUGCGAGACUGGCGUAUCUGCAGCCCCCCUUACCUGGAGAUCCACAGCGCCACUGAGCUGCCAUCCAUUCAACAGGGUGUGACAGCUCAGAACCUCAGCUUCCCUCUCAUUUGUAAAACCAGAGUAGCACAUGGCUCACUUUCCCAUGAAAUGUCGCUGAUCUUCAGUGCAGACAGCCUGGCUGACAUCCGUCCUCCCUGCGUGCUCCAGAGCUUCGUGAACCACGGGGCUGUUCUGCACAAGGUGUUUGUGGUGGGAGACAGACACUACUGCGUAGAGAGACCCUCGCUCAAGAACUUCCCCUCUGGUCCCUGUGACAGGAAGACCAUCUUCUUCAACAGCCAUCAGGUAUCCAAACCAGAGUCGAGCUCUGAUCUCACAGCUCUGGAUGAGGAGAUGCCGUGCCUGCCUCCUCCCAGCUCCGAAGCCGUGGCCGCCCUGGUCCGGGAGCUGCGGGCUCAGCUGGGCAUGGCCCUGUUCGGCGUGGACGUCAUCAUCAACAUCCACACGCACACGCUCACCGUCAUCGACAUCAACAUCUUCCCAGGCUACGAGGGCGUACCGCAGUUCUUCUCCUCACUGCUCAGCCACAUCGAGUCAGUGCUGGACAAACACUCCUCUGCUGGACCUCAGGCCGCCGGCUCUGCUUCAUCAGCUCCUUCUCCUGCUGCAGCAUCACGGCUCCUCUAGAAACAAUCACCAAUAGUUAAGAGGAGAAGAAGCAAAAUCCCUUAGAACAAGUGUCUUUACAGUUUAUUGGACCAAACUCAGCUACUUUGCUUCAACACUUGGUAGCAUGGCUUUAUUCUAACUUUGUGCUGCUAACUUUUCCUGCUUUACGCUGGCGGACAAAACAAGCACCACGAGCUGGUUUGAUACACUUUCCGUUUAUUGAUUGACAGGUAGCAUAGAAGAAGAUACAGCAGGCACAAAAUACAGCACUCUGAUUGGCCAGUAAUAUUACAAAUGAUGUUUUUCUGAUCAUUCGGUUGUUUGAAAUGUCCUCUAUGCCCAGCAGCAUGUCCCUCCCCCACCGCAGACAUUCCCCACGGCUUUCUUUGCUGGUUUGUUGGAUAGAUUUCGUGGAAACAUUUUGCACUUCUAUAGAAAAAGAAAACUACAGUACAUUCAUUUUUCAUUUAUUCUCAAGCGAACAAAUAUAUCUCGUCUUUGGAACGGACAGUGAUGAGCUCCUCAGCGUUGACUACGUGUUUGCACAAGUCGACCGGCCGCUUUGCCAGCGUUGGAAUACAUAAAUGUGUUGUAAAUCUUGGCUGUGUAGAAAAGAGAGAGAUUACAUUUGCUAUAUGAGUUUUAUAUGAUGCACUUUGAUUACAUAUUAAAAUACAUUAUUUGGCUAAUUAUUGCAUUCACGUGUGCUGUAGUCUAUGUUGUGUUAUUGCGGUAAGUGGGCCUCCAGUAGUAACCCUGUUAUCUGCACGUCUACCCAGUGUCCUCUUGGGGGCGCUGUUGCUUCAUAUUUCCUAUGACCUUGGCUUACAGACCACGAAUCGGAUAUUUACACAAAUGACAGGACAGCCAUGAGAACUGUGAUGUAACACGACUGAGCAUUUAUCAGUGUUAUUGUCGGUGUUGCUGUUACCAAAAAGACAACAAAUGGCUUUAGUGUUUCCCUCCUCUUCCCUCCGCUCCUCCUUGGCUUGUUAAGAUAAGAGUGCAAAGCUGGCUGAGAACCCGAAGUGACACUUUUAGACCUUGUAAGCUCUAAGUACAUCGCAUCCUGUCGCCACAACCGACCACGCAAAA